AUGGAGAAGACGGAGACUCGUGCGGUCAUAAAAUACCUGACGAAAAAAGGGUUGACCCCAUCUCAAAUCAAAGCUGACAUGGAUGAAGUUUUAGGAGAGUCUGCUCCUUCGUACACCACUGUGAAAAAAUGGACAGCCCUUUUUAAAUCUGGCAGAGAAAGUGUGGAAGAUGACCCUCGCAGCGGACGGCCGUCAACUGCUGUCACUGAAGAAAACAUCGACAAAGUUCACGAUUUGGUAUUAGCAGAUCGCCGUUUGAAAACGCGUGAGAUAGCUGAGACAACAGGCAUCUCUGUCGACCGAGUGCACCACAUCCUAACCGAAGAUUUGGGUAUGACGAAGGUCUCAGCAAGGUGGGUGCCGCAUCUGCUGACCGCCGAGCAAAAACGUGUUCGCACUUUGAUGUCAAAGGAGUGUUUGGACUUCUACCAGAAAAACCCACAGGAUUUCUUGCGUCGGUUUGUGACUACUGACGAAACGUGGAUCUUAAGUCCAAUGUCUCGUUUAAUGGAAGAAUAUGCAAAACAGAGAGACAUUUCACUGGAGAAACUGAAAUUUAUGUUUGAUGGAGAACUGCUGAAGAGUACAGAUACUGCAUUCGAUCUAGAAAUGGAAAACGAUAGUUGUAUUGAUGUUGUUGUAUCUCAAUAA